AGUCAACAGCGCUUACAACAACAACAAUUAAACAACAGCUAACAUAAGUAAAUUGCAACAAAGUCAACAAACAACAACAAACAACUUAGUAAUAGCAACUAAUUGCCAACGGACUAAAGUUCAAAACAACAACAACAAGAAAAUAAAAGCGGCGCCACAGCUGCGACACCAACAGCUCUUGUGGCUAGUAAGCCAAGCCAGGUGUACUGCACACGCAGACCACGAACAUACAUAACUGUAUAUCACACCUCAAAUUAUAUACAUAUCGCCACGUAGAUAGCGGCAAACACAGACUGGUUUGCCAAGGCCGAAAAUGUCCAACACAGAUCUGCGUGCAUUGCUCGAGAGCUUGGAUGAUUCGGCAGCGGCGGCCGAGGCGCUCGAUAUCGAAAAUAUUAUUGCCAAUUUCUCAACGGAAAUGCUGCGCAUGAACAAAGAUGUCCUUAAUGCGACUGCAAUGAACGAAAUUUCCAUAAACCAAACGUUGAAGGCGCUUUGCGAGCAGAGCGGCAGGCGCAACGCGCCACGCAAUGACUCAGCCAACUACUUAACCUGCCCGCCCUCGUUUGACUCUGUGCUUUGUUGGCAAGAAACACUGGCCGGCACGACAGCCAUACAACCCUGUUUUGAUGAAUUCAAGGGCAUACAUUACAACACAGCAGAAAAUGUAACACGUCAGUGCCUAGCGGACGGCACGUGGGACAAUUACACGGAGUAUAUGCGUUGUCAGCCGGCUACAAUAUUACCGCCACAAUUGGCCGAUCUUUCGCCCACAAUCGAAUUAUCAUCCUAUAUAUAUUUCAUUGGAUAUUUCAUUAGCUUAACAUCGCUCAUUUUAGCACUGAUCGUUUUCUAUUUCUUCAAAGACUUGAAAUGCCUGCGCAACACCAUUCAUGCGAAUUUAUUCCUCACCUACAUACUCGCCGCGCUGCUGUGGAUCCUCACGAUGUGCCUGCAUGUGAUGACGGAGCAUCCCAGCGAGGCCGGCUGCAUCACUUUGGUCAUGAUGUUUCACUAUUUUAAUUUAACAAACUUUUUCUGGAUGUUUGUCGAAGGCCUCUAUCUUUAUACUCUGGUGGUGCAAACAUUUUCCAGCGAUAAUAUUCGUUUUAUCAUAUACGCCUGCAUUGGCUGGGGUUGCCCUGCUGUUAUAACAUUUAUUUGGUCAAUAGCAAAAAUCUUCGCCACAUCAUUGGAGAGCGAGCAUUUUAACGGUUUGUUCAUUCAGUGCUCGUGGCUAAGGGAAUCUCAUAUUGACUGGAUAUUUCAAGCGCCUACCUGCCUUGUAUUAAUACUCAAUUUAAUAUUUCUCAUACGCAUCAUGUGGGUAUUAAUCACGAAAUUGCGCUCGGCCAAUACGCUAGAGACCCGACAGUAUCACAAGGCUUCGAAGGCAUUGCUUGUGCUCAUACCGCUAUUUGGCGUCACAUAUCUCAUUGUACUAUUUUGCCCUGGUGGCGAAGGUAUUACACAAAACGUAUUUGAAAAUCUGCGCGUCUUUCUCAUAAGUACACAGGGAUUUUUCGUAUCCUUAUUUUUCUGCUUCCUCAAUUCGGAAGUGCGUCAGGCACUACGUCAUCGUUUCAUGAGAUGGCGGGACAAUCGGAAUUUACGAAAUGGCAGCAUACAUCGUAAUCGCCGAAAUAGGCUAUCCAAAGACUACUCACAUCGUUCAAGAACGGAAAGUUUACGGCUUACUUCAACGAGCCCGGUACCAAAUGGAUUCAAUCAUGACGAAAGCAAACUAAAUCAACUGUAAACGAGUUGAAGGUCGUAGUUAUUUGUUGUAGUUAGUGUUGUACUGACUAUAAAAAAAAUCUCCAAAGCACUGCUGCUAAGUGUCCACACAUAUUUCGGAUGGUCCCGUUGGCUUGGCUUCAAAUAUUGUGGCCACGCAUGCAGCUACCGUUAUUAUUUGCUAUUGUUUUGCAAAGUGAACACAACUUCCGUUAUUGAGAUUGUUUAAUCUUUAAUUUUAUUUAUUUGUAAUCUUGUUGUAGUCUUUUAAAGUAACUAUUAUAUAAUAUUAAAGCUUAAUGCUGACUUUAUAUCGUAUAAGUUUGUAUAUAUGUAUGUGUGUAAAUAUUUUUUAUAUAAAUAUAUGUAUUUAAGUGACUGUGAAAACUUGUUUAAAAUUUCGCUGUA